CUUAAAAUGUUGCAAUAAAUUUCUGAAAAAGGUCAGAAGCUUUUUUGACUAGUUAAUAGAUUGUCUUAUAACUUUUAGUUAUAAAGAGCUAUGCUAAGGCCGGGUGUAGUGGCUCAUGCCUGUAAUCCCAGCGCUUUGGGAGUCUGAGGUGGGCGGAUCAUGAAGUCAGGAGUUUGAGACCAGCCUGGCAACAUAGUGAAACCCCAUCUCUACUAAAAAUACAAAAAAAUUAGCCAGGCAUGGUGGCAGGCGCCUGUAAUCCCAACUACUUGGGAGGCUGAGAUAGGAGAAUUGCUUGAACCCAGGAGGUGGAGGUUGCAGUGAGCCGAGAUCGUGCCAUUGCACUGCAGCCCAGGCGACCUUGCGAGACUCUGUCUCAAAAAAAAAAGAGCUACAAUACAUGCAGUGAUAUUAUUGAGGCUGCUUUAUCACAAAAUAUGAAUUUAGACAUUUGCAGCAGAAAUAAUAAUAGGAAUAGCAAACAUUUAUUGAGGACUUUGUGUAGAACUUGCAGAUUCUAAAAUGUGUAUUAAACAGUAAUAGCUUGAUUGAGAAUCUGUUGGGAAGGAUAUUUCUUUUUUUUUUUUUUUUUGAGACGGAGUUUCGCUCUUGUUACCCAGGCUGGAGUGCAAUGGCGUGAUCUCGGCUCACUGCAACCUCUGCCUCUGGGUUCAGGCAAUUCUCCUGCCUCAGCCUCCUGAGUAGCUGGGAUUACAGGCACGCACCACUGUGCCCAGCUAAUGUUUUGUAUUUUUAGUAGAGACGGGGUUUCACCAUGUUAACCAGGAUGGUCUCGACCUCUUGACCUUGUGAUCCACCCGCCUCGGCCUCCCAAGGUGCUGGGAUUACAGGCAUGAACCACCGCGCCUGGCCCGGGAAGGAUAUUUCUUUUUUUUUUUUUUAAAGAUGGGGUUUCACCAUGUUGGCCAGGCUGCUCUAGAACUCCUGACCUCUAGUGAUCCACUCACCUCGGCCUCCCAAAGUGCUGGGAUUACAGGCAUGAACCACCAUGCCUGGCCACAAUUUCUUAAUGAGAAGUCUACCUUCACAGUGUUAAAACAAAAAAUUUUUAAAAGACAAAGGUUUAUGAGGUGCUUAUUAUAAAAGGCCUCAUUUAAUCUCAUCACAUGGGUACAGUCAGUAUUCCAGAUUUACAGCUGCAAAAACUGUCAGAGUCAGACCCCGAGGCAAGGUUUAUAUGACUCUGAAGUCCAUGCUCGACCUCUGGGAGUGUACCAAACAAAGAAGGAGGCGCCACUGUGAUGCCAGUUGCUGCUAUCAGGUGGGUCAGGGACAAAAUAUUAAAUAACAUUGAUUCUCUAGUGCAAAAGUUGAACCUUUUCAAUUCUGUUUCAGUCUUACUGAUUAUGGGAAGAGAAAGUCAGUUUGGUACCUCUAAGUACAUGUUAAUCUCCCUUUCCAAUAAAAAGAGCUAUAUUUAACUAGAAUUUAAUUACAUUGUUUUCUUUUAAAUGCACUUACUUCUUUAGAGACAGGGCCUCGCUGUCACUCAGGCUGGAGCGCAGCUGUUGCAUCAUACUUCACUGCAGGCUGGACAUUCCUGGGCUCAAGCAGUCCUCCCUCUUUGGCCUCCUGAAGUGUUGGGAUUCUGACACCUGGCCUUAAUGCAUUUAUUUUUACAGCUACUGUCUAUUUGUGCCAUAUAAGGGUUUUUCCCCCCCACUUACAGUAAUAAUGAAAUAUUUCUAGUAAAAUUUUGUUUUGUUUUGUUUUUUUGAGAUAGAAUGUCACUCUUUUGCCCAGGCUAGAGUGCAGUGGCCCAAUCUUGGCUCACUACAACCUCUGCCUCAUGGGUUCAAGUGAUGCUCCUGCCUCAGCCUCCCGAGUAGCUGGGACUACAGGCGUGUGCCACCACAUCUGGCUAAUUUUUGUGUGUGUAAUUUUAGUAGAGACAGGGUUUCAUCAUAUUGACCAGGCUGCUCUCGAACUUCUGACCUCAUGAUCCGCCCACCUCGGCCUCCCAAAGUGUUGAGGUUACAGGUGUGAGCCACUGCGCCUGGCCAGCGUAAAAUUUUUUUGAGUUGAGUUGUUUUAAAGAAAAAUACACCAGGCAUGGUGCAUACCACUUUGGGUGGUUGACACAGGAGGAUCGCUUGAGGCUAGGAGUUCAAGACCAGCCUGGGAAACGUAGUGAGACCUUUAAAAAAAAAAAACUUAGCUAGGCACAGUGGCACAUAUCUGUAGUCUCAGCUGUUCGAGAGACAGGCAGGAGGAUUGCAUGAUCCCAGGUGUUUGAGGCUGCUGUGAGCAAUGAUGCCACUGCACUCCAGCCUGAGUUGACAGAGCAAUACCCUGUCUCAAAAAAUAAAAAAAUAAAAACACAUGUCCUAUUUUUCUGUGUUUUCUAUCCACUCAAAAAUAACUCCUUUUUUCAUUUAGCUUCCUGCUUUCUGUUGUUAAUUUCUUCCUCCUGUGAAAACUGGGAAAAAUUUUUUUUAUCAGCAAUUGUGAAGCAGAGUAUGGAGAGGACUAUUUUUUAAAGUUUUAAUUAUAAAAUAACUUUAUAGUAAUUUUGAUUAGAGAAGCAGUUUUGCCAUAAUACGAGUAUUAUUUUCUUUCUUUUUUUUUUCUUUUUUAGACAUAGGCUUGCUCUGUCACUCAGGGUGGAGUGCAGUGGCACCAUCUUGGCUCACUGCAACCUCCACCUCCCGGGUUCAAGCAAUUCCCUGCUUCAGCCUCCUGAGUAGCUGGGAUUAUAGGUGUCCACCAUCACACCCAGCUAAUUUUUGUAUUUUUAGUCAAUACAGGGUUUCACCAUCUUGGUCAGGCUGAUCUUGAACUCCUGACCUCAUGAUAUACCUGCCUCAGCCUCCCAAAGUGCUGGGAUUACAGGUGUGAGCCCCCAUACCUGGCCAUAAUAUGAGUAUUCUAAGACAGCUGCCAUGUUGUUUUUUUUUUUUCCUUUUUCCCUUGUGUGCAUUCAUUUUAAUAAUAAUGAUUAAUAUUUGUUGAGUAUUUGUUUCUAGGCACUGUUCUAAGCAUUUUGCAUCUAGUAACUUCUUUAAACUUUUCAACCACUCUGCAAUAUAAUGUUAUCCCUAUUUUACAGAUGAGGAAACUGAAGCACAGUGGAUUUAAGAAACUGACUGUAAGGACUUGAAUCCAGGGAAUUGGUCUUCUGAGCUUGGACCUUCAAUCUCUAUACUAUGCUGUCUCCCAUAUUUAGCAGUGAUUUAUUCACAUUGUUAUUAUUAUGGUCUAUAACUAAUUUUUUUCUUUUUUUCACUUAACACAAACAUUUUCUUCUUGCUAUAUAGUUCUCGGAUUUUUAAAGAAUCAACUUUAUUUUGGUAUAAUCUAUAUUCAAUAAAAUGCAUGCAUUUAAAGUGUUCAAUUGAUAAACUUUGAUGAAUAUCUAUACCUGUGUAACCACCACUAUAAUUUGGAUAUAGAACAUUUCCAUCAUUCUAGUUUCCUUGUGCCCCUUUCCAUUUAUAGCGUUUUCUCCCAAAAUUGUCUCCAACUAAAUGAGCUGCCUUCUAUAAUCAUUCUAAUUUUUUUAACUUUCUUUUUGAUCUAUGAGUUAUUUUUAUAUUUGUUAUUAUGUAAUGUAAUGUAAUGUCACUCUCUAUUCAUAUAGUAGUCCUUAUUCUGCAGUCUGCUGUUUUUUUCUGAAUAAUAAUAUAGGCCCCCUAGUUUAGUUUUAAAUAGUGUUUGCACAGUGUAUUUUUUCCAACCUUUUAUUUCAUCUGUCUCUUUAUAUUUAGAGUAGAUUUCUUCUAGGCAGCAUGUAGUGGGGUCUUGCUUUUUAAAUCUUAUCUCAUAAUCUUAUCUCAGCACUACAUGCUGCCUAUAUAAAGAGACAGAUGAAACAAAGGUUGGAAAAAGAUAUACUGUGCAAAUACUAUUUAAAAGUAAACUAGGGGGCCUAUAUUAUUAAAUUAAAUCUUAUGAGAUAAGAUUUAAAAAAAUGGGGAGGGAUUAUGAGAUAAGAUCUAAAAAGCAAGAUCCCAUUACAGCUGCCUAGGAGAAACAAUCUAGUUUAAUUAUUGAUGUCAUGGGAUUUCAAUCUGCCAUCUUGCUAUUUGUUUUCUGUUUGUCCCAUCUGUUUAUUUUUCUCUCUUUUUCAACAUUCUUUUGCACUAAUUGAUUAUUUUGAAUGAUGCCAGUUGAGCUAUCCUAUUGGCUUAUUAGUUAUGUUUCUUCUUAAAAUUUGUGUUAGUUACUCUAGGGUUUACACCCUUUUAACGUUUGUUAUUGCACAGGCCUACUGGUGGUCAAUUUACUUAGUUUUGUUUGUCUGAAAAAGUCUUCAGUUUUCCUUCAUUUUUAUAGACAUUUCACCUGAUACAUAAUUGUGGGUUGACCGUUUUUUUUCCCUAGUCAGUACUUUAAAGAAUUCACUUGGCUGGGGCAGUGGCUUCACCUAUAAUCUCAACACUUUGGAGACUGAGGUGGGAGGAUUGCUUGAAGCUAAGAGCUUGAGACUAGCCUGGGCAACAAAGUGAGACCCUGUCUCUACAAAAAAAAAAAAAAAGGAAUUCACUCAGUUAUCUUUUGUUUCUCUAUGUAAUGUGUCUAGGUGUUUUAUUUUUUUUUUAAUUUUCUCUUUUUUUUUGUAUUUAUGCUGCUUGGGUUUAUAUGAGUUUCUUGGAUUUGUGGUUUGAUGUCUUUCAUUAUUUUGGAACAUUCUAGCUAUUUCCUUCCCUCCCCUCAGCUGCCUUCUGCCUCAUUAUCUCACUCUUUUCUCAUUCUAGUACUUCAAUUUUAUCUAUUUGGAAUAGAUGAAGUUGUCCCAUAGUUCUUGGGUGCUUGGUGGUUUUUUCCUCUACGUUUUCCUCUUUGUGUUUUAGUUUGGAUUUCUGUUGUCCCAUCUUCACAUUUUCUGAUUCUUUCCUUUGCUGUGUUUAGUGUUCUAAAAAGACUGAUGAAGGAAUUCAUCUCUGAUACCAUGUUUUUUCUUUCUGAUGUUUUCAUUUGAUUCUUUCUCAUGGUUUUCAUCUCUUUGCUGAAACUUUACCUCCAUUUCAUCUCUUUGCUGAAACUUUAUAUCCAACAAAAUAUGCAUGUUUUACAUAUUUUCCAUUAGCUUUCUUUCUUCCUUUCUUUAAUUUUUUUUGAGAUGGAGUUUUAUUCUUGUUUCUCAGGCUGGAGUGCAAUGGUGUGAUCUUGGCUCACUGCAACCUCUGUUUCCUGGGUUCAAGCGAUUCUCCUGCAUCAACCUCCUGAGUAGCUGGGAUUAUAGGCAUGUGCCACCUCCCCUGGCUAAUUUUGUAUUUUUAGUAGAGAUAGGGUUUCACCAUGUUGGUCAUGUUGGUCUCAAACUCCUGACCUCAGGUGAUCUACCUGCCUUGGCCUCCUAAAGUGCUGGGAUUACAGGCAUAAGCCACCACACCUGGCCCUCCACUAGCUUUUCAUAACCAAUUACUCAUAGCUAUUUAAAACUUAUUCAAAGUUUCCAAUAUUUGACUCAUCUCUUAGUGUAAUUCUGUUGAUAUAUCUAUUGAUAAUGAACUGGUAGUGAAUAAAAUAGGAAUGACCUUUGAUCAUUGGGGAAUACAAGAAGGUAGAGUCUGCAAGGGCCAAUAAUCUAUCUUGAGCCUCCUGCAUGACUGGUGAGAUGUCUAUUAAUAAAAUCCCCCUGCUGUCUAUUCUGCCAUCUUUCAGAAUUUUUUUUUAAUGGUAUGAGAUUAUGGUCUAAAUUCCUCUUUUUUACAUUGCCACCUAUUUAUUGCAGUACUGCUUAUUGGAUAGGUGCUUCCCACCCACCAAUUUUAUAGUGUCUGCAUGACCCAGGGUCUUAUCUUUAUACUAUGGAGGCAUGAUACUGUAUGUGUUCUGGAGUCAGAAUGACCCGUGUUUCAAUCCUGGCUCUCCACUUCCUAGCUCACUGACUUUGGAUUUGCUGUUUAUCCUGUCUGCACUUGUGCUUCGUCAUGCAUAAAGUAGGGUGGUAAUCCUAGCUAUCAUAGGAUUGUGAGGACAAUUCCAUGUGAAGGGUUAACACUUUUUAAAAAGGUACUGCAUUAUAUUAUUGUCAGGUGAUCUUGAUGAAAAAUUGUUCUAUAACGUGAUAUGAUUUUUCCACAAGUGAAAGCAAUAAACGUAACCAAAGGAAAGCAGUAUUUGGCAUGGAAAUGAGUCAUAUCAAGAAAAAGCUCAUAAAAGUAGGUUACCAUGCUUUUUUUUCUGAGCUCUUGCAAGCAUAGCUAUGACUUUGUUGGAGGGUGCAUGUUAACUCAGUGGAAUUAAAUUCGUGGAGGUGAGUGGAAUGUUGUAUGAGCCUGCAUAACUUAAGAUUAAAAAAAAAUUCCCUGAAUUCUACCAGGUUCUUAGAUGCAGAUUUCCUUGCCUUUCAGCUGCCAGCUGCUUUCAGUCCAGGACCUUUGUUCCUCCUGUCCUCACUUCAUCUUCAUACCUGCUUUCAUUCUUGCUUCUGGUCACAGUCAUGGGUCUUCCUUGGUUUGUUCUGCUCUUACAGACACUGGGCUCCUUUUCUGGGUUUGUUUUCUUUUUCACACUGUCAGCAAGUGCCCUUGCAUAACUCCCAAAUGUAUACGGGACAGAAGUAGCAGCUGGCCGCAGGGACACUGAGAAGGUAGAAUGGGAGGCUUGGGGAAAGAAGGGGAGGCCUCUGGCCUGUGCCCACUCACCUUCUGGUUCUCAGUUCUUCAGCAAAAGCUUUGGAAGAAGAGGGGAGACACGCACUGCCUGUAACUUAAAAUGAAUGUUUUUUCUUUUUCAGUCCUAACUUAAACUGGAUUGUUUUUCAACUCUGACCUGUCCCUUGGUUGGCAUCUCUCACCUUCCAAUACUGAUAAGAAUCCAUUUUCAAGAAAUAUUUCCAUGUGUCCAUAGCAAACAUAAUUGGGAGGAAGACGUAGAAGCAGUGGAGAUCGGUGGCUGUGCCACGAUGAAAAUUGUUAUAUUUUAUGCAUAGCAUUGUCUCUAAGCAAACAGAAAUGAGCCAGAAGACAAAUGAGAAUAUAGAGAGGUAUACCCAAUUUUUUCAAAAGCCCCAGAAACCCAUUCAGCCUUACAUCUGUUCGACUCCGAAUGAUUUUCAAGAAGAGAGAGACUUCUUGGCAAACAACAUCAUCCCUCAGCUUAAUGAACUCUGCAAUUCCUAGGGCACACAUUUCAAAGUCGUGGACCUGAGUUGGUCAGCACUGAAGGCCCCGAAAUCCUCACCCACCCACCUGUUAAGACAGUAUUCUUGUCUUUGUUCCCAGCAGCUGAAGCUCUGCCUUGACUAUGUGGACAGCUGCUUUCCCUUUUUCAUCUGCAUGCUGGGUCAGACAUACGGAAACUUCCUCCCUGACUACUCACAUUUCAUGACCUCCACAGUGACUCACUUGUCAAACUUAUCCAAAGUAGAACAGAAUCUCUACGUUGCUGCAAAAAAUGGUUAUCCUUGGGUUCUGGAGAAUCCCAACUGCAGUCUGAAAGAGAUAAUCCAAGCAGCAUUUCUGAAUCAAUCUCGAUUUCAGUAUUUUUGCUUUAGGACUGGAGCCACCCUGCUGAAGGGUUUAGAUUAUGAGGAAAAGGAAGAGAGGCUACCCUCAAGUUCAUCGAUGAACGAAGAGGAAAAAUUGAGGAUUGGAAAGCUUAAGGCCAAGAUUAUUAGUAAAGGGCUCCCUGUGAGAUUUUACAGUGAUCUCCACCAGUUGGGUGAGCUGGUUUUCAAGGACUGGUCAGUUGUGAUAGAAAAACUUCAUCCAGCCACUGCAAAGAUUGAAAAUGUAGGUUAGUAAAUGUAGAGAUAACUAAGUCUGUUAUCAACAUAAAGGUAAUAUUUUUGUAGUUCUUCCUUGUGAAGGAAUUUUUAAAUGAUUGCAAAUAUUCCUUAAACAUUUAAAAAUUAUUAUUAUGUUCUUGUUCUUUCUCCACUUUGAAGAUUUUUGCAACUGAAGAUAAGAGCAAGUGAUGAGUCAGUUAUGGAAGAUUUUUUAGGGAGUUAAGGAGCUCAGAGAAGACCCAAAAUAUCUGCAGUUAAUAAGUGAGUCUAGAGCAGUGGUUCUCAACCACGGCUGAUUUUGCUCCCUCAAGGGACAUUUGGCCAUGUCUGAAAACAUUUUUGGUUGUCACAAUUGGGGGAGAGCUACUGGCAUCUAGUGGGGAGAGGCCAGGGAUACUGACAAGCAUCUACAGUGCACAGGACAGCCCCAUAAUAAAGAAUUACCCAACCAAAAAUGUCAAUAGUGAUGAGGUGGAGAAAUCCUCAGCUAAGAAGAAGAGAAUCAACUUUUAUUCAUUUUUUGGUGCUUUGGUUAUUUUAUUACAUUUAAUCUUCAAGGUUUAACCCUGCAAGAUAAGUAUUAUAAUUCUGAUUCUGCAGAUGAGCAAAUGAAAGCUGCUGUGUAGCAGUGAAGUGGCUUACCAAUGUCACAAAACUAGUGAGGGACCAAUCUCGGAUUUGAAACCAGAUCCCUCUUACUCUAAAAUCUGUGGCUGCUCUCUUUCACCUUUUUUUAUGUAAGUGUGAUUAAUGGAUUGGCAGCCUCGGCAUCACCUAGGGAGCUUGUUAGAAAGGUAGAAUCUUGAGCCCCGUUUCAGGUCAACUGAAUUAAAAUUUGCAUUUUAACGGAUGACCAGGAGCUUUACAUGUAAGUUAAAGUUUGAGAAUCAUUGCCUGAUCAUAUUGCCUCUAAGUGAAAUGAUUACCAUUAUUUUGGGAAAUAAUUUCCUGUGGACACGAACCAGAUUAAAAAGAAAAGAGUCUGUCACCUAGACAGACUUCAGGAGGGAUCUGUGAUGAUUAUAUGAAAAACAGAAUAUAUGAAAAUAAUAUGAAAUUGUAUGGAAAAUAGAAUGUUUAUAUGCCUGUGUGUGUUUUGGGGAUAAGAAGAUGGCCUGUGUCUUUGAUCAGAUUCUCAGAAGGCUAACGACCCAAAAAAGGUUAUGAAUUCCUGAUGAAACGGCCCAAUUAACAUAAGGAGGCAAAAUGGUGGCAGGCGGUACAUUCUCAAAUACUUUCAGGGACCAGGCACACAAUAGUCCUUGUAAUGUGAUAGGGAGCAGAUGGAUCUGUACUGAGCAGGAGAGUCAUUUGAAUUCAGUGGUGGUGGUGAAGACAAACCUCUGCAGGCUAGACAAAACUCUGCCUAGAAGCCAAAUCAUCUGGACCUGGAAAAAGAACAUUGUAUCAGUCUCAACUCUUGGUUGCAAGUGACUCAAACCAAUUUCAACAGAAAGAGAAUUUAUUAGCUUAUAUAACUACAAAGCCGGGAUUAAGUCUGAUUCAGCUCAGGCUUCAUUCAUUUGCUCCAAUCAUGUUACCAGAUCCUUGUCUCUGACUACUUCUCAGCCUGGCCCUGCUGUCCUGAUGUUAGCUCAUCACCUUGGCUCCUCUAUCGUGACGGCAGAGGAAGAUGGGCCAUAGUAGCUCCAGGUUCAAGUCCAGCAGAAAUGGCUCAAAGUCCUAGCAUUCCUAACACUGAGUCUUUCUGGCUCUGAUUAGCCUGACCUGGGCCAUAUGCUUUCAUCUGAUUCAAUCACUGGUGCCGAGGGAAUGUGAUGCUCUGAUUGGCUAGUUGGACCUAGAAGUGGAGUUAGACUCAUUGGAAUUGUAUGAACUGAGAUUUGGGUUGGGUAGAUCCCCAGUGAUAAUCUAGGGCUGUUACUGAAACUAGGGGAGGGUGAUUGGAUGUUGAGCAGCCAAAAAGAACCCACAUAUUUAUAACAGGCUUGGGGUUUUAGAAUCCAACAGACAUGUCCUUGAAUAUUGUGUUUUUCAGCUCCUAGCUAUGUGACCGUGAAUGCAUUACUUAAUAUUGAUAAACCAUAGGUUUUUCUUCUGUAAAAUGGGUUAACAUUAGCCACUUUGAGAGUAAUUAUGUAAACCACUAAAAACAGCACUGGGCACAUAUCAGGCACAGAGUUAAUAACUAGUGAGGAUGAAUAAUAACAAGUGGGUUCUAGAAGAAUAUAUACGUUUGGUUAAAGUCAGAAAUGUGGUUAACAUUAAUAUUCUUUUAGUCAUAUCAACCUGAACUGCAUCUGUUGAUUAAUAUCCGCUAAUGUGUUCAAGAAUAUAGCCUUUCUGGGUUUUGGGGUUAAGGUCAUAUUAUUGCUCUGUAAUAUUCUUAGUCUUUGAUUUUGGAUAUCGCUGAAAGGUUAGCUUGUUUUAGACUUUAUUCUUGAAUGUAUCUAUCUGGUCUAAAUGUCUGAAUUAGAAGGCAUGGAAUGGAUGGAUUAUUUAAAAAUAAUGCUUCCUUCCAUUAGAAAGAAGUCGUAAAUUCUUUCUUUUUUGGAUCUUCAGUGCUCUUUAAUCACUUAGGUAACUCCAAAAUCUCAUAGUCCACAGUUAGGGUAGUGAUAGGCCAAUUGUGCAGCUGGUAGUUAUUGUAAGACAAUAUGGAACUAUUAGUUUACACUCUUGACCCAUAGAAGUACUUCUGAGGUCCUUGAAGAUCUCUGAGACUAGUGCAUGAGGUUCAGGGUUAGUGCAAGAGGACUGUUAGACUGUGUGGUCAUCCAAAUUCUGUUUAAGAUCUUGAAACUCGAAGCUGAUCUUGGCCAGCCUGUGGAUCCUCCAGGUCCGUUCUGGUCCUGUCUGAGCCAUGAGGCAGCCCAGUUAACUAUGAAGGUAUAAUGUGAGUAUUUUGGGAACCAGUCAGAGUAACCUCUCUGGUGUUUCUUUUCCUGCAUGUGUUGAUAACAGCCUUCACUCCUUAAAAAAAAAAAAAAAAAAAGGGAACAUGGGUGUCUCCAGAGACAGGAGGGCAUUUUGGGAGCCCAGAACACCCUGACUUAAAUUAGGCAAUGAAUUUAGAAUUGCAGUAAAUUGAAACUGGAAGAAACUUCAGAAAUCAUCCAUUUUCUGGCCCUUCCUGCUUAUUUUACCAAAGAGUUUUAAAAACUUGCCCAGUGGCAGAGCUGCCAUGGCUGUCAUCCUUAUUAGGGAAUUUGCCCUAAAAAUAUACCCCACUCCCUUAACCUCUGUCAUAGAUUGGCACACAUACAUACCUCACAAGACUGAAUUAGAUAACUUCCUACUUAGCUAACUGUUUGAAAAAAUGACUUGCAUUGCAUAGCAAGCCUAUUUUUUUUUUGCCCUUGUCAUUCUGAGGUCAUGAAAUAACUUGGAAUCCUAAGUAGGAUUCUGUGUACAAAAGCAGAAGAAAAAUUCAAUUGUUUUCCUGUAGUUUUCUUUCAUUCGUAUAUUGAAUGGGCUGUGAAAUAUGGAGCCAAAUAGAAGGUGAUACAGUUACAGAGAUACCUUCCUGGGCAUUUGUAAUAACAUGUGCAAUCGAAAAUGUGAAACUACAAAUCUAAGUUAUUAAAAUGUAUCUUUUUGACUAUCAAGAUUGCAAGCACAACUUUGAACGUUCCUAACAUGAAGAAUUUUCUGAGAAGUGCGAGCAAAUGUUUGUUAUUUCCAAGGAGUCAAACAGGACCUUUGAAAUCUUGGAAAAUUUUGCCUUGAAGGAUGUGGAAUUUGAUUUUAACAAUACAGCAGCAGGUUCCAGUUUAGAUGUUGUCCCCAGGUAAGAUGUCAAGAAAUCCCAAGCUCAGGCAGAACAGCCUGACUUUGGUAAACGCAAUCCCCCACACUUGAAAUGCCUUUUCUAACUUUCCCCAUUCUAUGCUCAUCCCUUCCUGCAAGGGACACCCCCUAAAGGUGUCACCCCAGGGUUAGAAUUUUCUUAUCCAAUAUCACUCUGCAUUUCGCAAAGCUUUUCUGGUAUCUCACAUAGUUUCUUCCAGUGUCCUCAAGAAGAUUAGACACUUCCAGAGUUCAGGGAACCAGCUUCUUUUUUCUCCCAUACAUCAAAGGUUGUCUAAGUAAUUUUUGAGAAUGAUGGAGUGACUUUAAAGAUAAAAAAUUAGAUGAUGAAAUAUGAGUAAUGCAUCUGCAUAAUAUUGUGUAAUUUACAAAGAGCUUCCACAUGUAUCAUCAGCUCAUUAUUAAUUACAUUCAGAUAUUCAGCUAGCACUUAUGAAAAUGAUAUGGACCAUAUUAUUAUUUGUGUUUGUGUGUAAAGAAUCAGCUUAUCUUGAGCUGGGCAUGGUGGUGUAUGCCUGUAAUCCCAAUUACUCAGGAGGCUGAGGCAGGAGGAUCCCUUGAGCCUGAGUUUGAGCCCAUCCUGGGUAACAUGGUAGGUCUCCAUCUCUAAAGAAAAAAACCGGUUAUCUUACCCAAUAUAUACACUCCUUUAUUGUUUUAUCCAGUGUCCUCUACAAUAAAACCUCCAUAUCUUUCUCACCCUGGGUGGUGAAAUACAGUGUUCACCACCAUUAGGAGGCUGAGGCCAGCAAUGAGAGAGCUGGGGUUAUCCAUGGUAUCCCUACUAGUCUCAUCCCUGGAAACGGGAGGUUCUUAGGAUAGUGUUAUUUCUUCCAUUCUCAUUUUCCAGUUCUUACCAUGUAUCUCGUGUCCUGUGAGAGAUUUGUGCUUUGAAAUAAAACUGCAGUGCUGGGAUGGCUAAGGGCUGUCUUUCACCAUUGCUGCCCUAGGUUCAGAACCUACUGGUCUAGUUCACUCAGGGAUAGGGCUACCAACAUUCUUGUGGUUCUGGGAACCCAUGCGAAGAGGAAGACAGUUUAUUCCGUUAAUACAACAUGGUGCUCCAUCAGUAUUUUCAGACUACAGGAGAAACAUGUAGGUCGUGUGUUAAGGAUGUUGGGUUUAAGCAGACAAAUUUACAGAGACAGAAAGUUGAUUAGUGGCUGUUGGGGGAAGAGAGUAGCAAAAAAUGGAGAAUGAUUCUUAGUAGGUACAGAGUUUCUUUUUGGGGGUGCUGAAAAUGUUCUGGGAUUAGAUAGCAGUGAUGUUUGUACAACCUUGUGAAUAUAAUGAAACCCAUGGAAGGGCACACUUUAAAAUGGUGACUUUUGUAGCCUAUGAAUUGUUUCUCACUUAGGUUAUGAUUUUAAGUGUUUCAGAGUGGAUGAUAAAUGUAAUAAAUUUUAUUGCAGUUGAACAACUCAAAUUAUUGUGCUCAAUUAAAAUACAACAAUUAAAUAAGUCCUUUUAUAUCACAUACAUGAAAACAUUCAGGGCUUUGUUUGCUUUGCUGUUUGGAAACAAUGCUCUGUACCUGAAGUUCCUGAAUGGUGUGUCUAGGUCAACAGAAAAAGAAUGUUCUUUUUUUUUUUUAUCUUUUACAUUAUUUUAAUACAGUCUCCUGCGAGCAGUAACACGUUGGUAAACUUUCGGCAGAAGUGCAUUCCUAAAUAAGUAAACCCAAGGCAACAGUUGACAAAAAGGUAAAGAAAGAAGUAGGUUUAUUUUAAAAUAGUGUCCUUUGGUAUUUCUGGGGGAUUGGUUCCAGGACCCUCACGGAUACCAAAAUCCUUGGAUGCUCAUGUCUCUUUUAUAAAAUGGCAUCGUAUUUGCAUGUAACCUACAGAUUCUCCCAAAUACUUUAAAUCACCUCUAAAUUAUUUAUAAUACCUACAGUGUAAAUGCUGUCCAAAUAGUUGUUAUACAGUAUUGGUUUUUAAUUUGUAUUUUUAAUUGUUAGAUUAUUAUUAUUAUUAUUAUUCUUUUUUUGA